GCUAUAAAAUUCAGAAACCCGCCAUUCCAUUUCAACUAGGUCAUCGAGCUUCUUUCUCUUUCUCUUUCUAGGUCUGAUGAGAAUGGACUCUCCAAAUGACGAGGUGCUGGGCGACUUCAUGAUGGAGAACGAGUCCACUAUGAUGGAUACCGACCGAUCGGAUGCUGUCGAAGAAGACGAUCCGUUUCUCAAAUUCAUCGACACCGCAAAAUCAAUUCUGUACGAGAUCUCUGGUUAUUCAGAGGAGGAUGACCCCACGCGGUGCCCGAGCUGGAGCUGGAUUGCGAAUCGGAUCCUCAGAACCUGCGUCGCGUAUUCGAGCGGUGUGACGCCUGCUAUUCUCCUCUCCGAGCUUUCUCUGGCCUGGAAUGAGCAAAAUAGAAGUGGAGCCCCAAAAAAACAGUCUGAUUUUAUUGCCAAGCUGAAGAAGAAGCACAAGAGAGCUAAGCUAUUGAAUACCAUUACAAUUGAUUCGAUAUAUGAGAAAAGAUUCUUACCAUUAAGCAGAGUGAUUGAAGCAGUUAUAGUUGAUGUUUUUGUUCUCCCAGGAACGGAUAUUUGCAUGCUGACUUUGGGUGAUAUAUGGAGCUCCAACACUAUAGAUCUAUAUCUUCACAGGAGGUUUUAUAAUAUUGUUGAUCCCAGUAAUGGCCUUUUGAAGAAAGGCAGGGAAGUUCUCUUAACCGGGUGCUAUCUUCGGGUUUCCACCGGGAGUUCAGGAUUCCCACGGCUUUUGCCAACUGAAUACUUUGUUGUGCUAUUAGAUGAGGAUGAAGAUGAUGAUGCAAUGCUUCUUGCUGCACAAUUUUGUGAUGAUUCCUUCUCUACAAUUUCUCUUGAUAAAGUAAAAGAAGGUGUCUCUCAUUCAUUUUAUGCAAGAAUUGAAUAUAUAGGACCAGUGGAAGUCCUUGGUGAAUAUGGCAGUUUACAGAGGAAGAGGAAACAAAUUACUCUUGUUGAUAAUGAUGGUGUGAGAUUAAAUUUUUCACUCUGGGGAGAGCAGGUACUCAUUGCCAAUCUCUUUAGCAUUGGAAGUAUGCUUGCGUUGGAUAAGCCAUUCAUUGAUAGUUCCCUUGAAGCAAGCCAUGAACUUUGCCUGGAAUAUGGCAGUGCAACUCAGCUGUAUUUGGUGCCUACUAUUCCGCACAAAGAACAAGUGUCUGUAGCACUGACACAAAACCAUUUUCAAGGAUCAAGGCUGCUGAACGCCACAAAUCUGAGCGAGGGACCAUUAGUUUCUCAAGUGACAUUACCAUGCGAUUCUCAAGGGUCCAUUGACUUCAGCAACUACCCCUUUCGAUCAUAUGUUGUUGAUCUACGAGAUAAAAUGAUGGGGAUUAGCAUAUAUGGUAUCGUUACAGACAUAAGAGCAUCUAAAGGCAUUUUCUCUCUGAGGAUUGAAGAUGCUACUGGAGCUAUAUGGGCAAACCUACACUUUGAAAAAUCUUGGUCAAUCGGGAGACUAGGGAAAGGCCACACAGUCUACAUAUCUGGUUUAAGCUCUUUUCUUAGUCCACGAAAAAGUCUUGAAGUAUCAUGGUAUGAAAAUAGAGCUGGAUCAUCUUUCUUUAAUUUGAGCUGCUUGCUAGCUUUCCUCAACACGCCCACUCUUCACAGAUUAUCGUGCAUUUCUGAUCUAUCCAUCCAUACAAGGGGUGUGCAAGUAUGUCGAGUGUGGGUAGAUCACGUCGAACAUUGCCACGUGGACAUGAGAUUCAUGCACUCAAUUUGCGGUCAUCUUGUUGAGAAAGCAUCACCCAAUGUAGAGGCUGAAUGCAAAUUCUGUGGCAGAGUUUGCGAGGGCGAAGUGGAAUGCACAUUCGUUCUGGAAAUUACUAUCGCGGAUGAGACGGGAAAGGUCUUCGCUUCGUGUAUAGGCCAAACAGCUGCUGAGUUGCUGCAGAUUUCACCCGAUGAGUUUGCUUUCUUGCCCGAGGAGGACCAAAUCAUAUAUCCAUCGUUCCUUGAGCAGGACAAGUUCGUUGUAGCAAUCGCCAACCGCAGAAGGAAGGGAAGCUCUGAAGGAUUUAUGGAGCAAGAUCAAAGCACGGCAGAUUGGGAAGUCACUCGCGCAAUCAAGUGCUGUGAGUGAAUCGAUGAAUGUUUCAUGUAAACUCUAUAUGUAAUACAUUCAUACUACGCUUAGAUUAUCAACACUUCGGAUUAUCUGUAAUAUUUUUGUGCUCCGUUAUUAAUUUUAUUAUCUUAAUAAUAUUUAUUA